CUGAAUCCCCAAGUCACCCUCCGCUGCUGGUACAAAACGGUGCAAGCAACACGUGGUGGGAAGAAAAGCUGCCCAUACCAACAUAACAUAUGUUGGCGACGUGGAAAAGAAAAAUGUAUCACUUUUGCGGGGUAACAUUUCCCUUCUUAGCAGAAAAUGCAGCCUCCCCAGAACUCAUUGGUCCUCGUCGAUCGUCGUGCUUUCCAAGUGUAUUUAUAAGACCGUCUGGUACGAUUCUAGCUCAUACCAAAGAAGACAUCUAUCAGGCUCGUAUAUUGGUAGCCCAGCAUCACCGAGUGCGUCGAGUUAGUGACAGAGAGUUAGAGAGUUUUGCUGUGUAGAGUGUUUGUGUCGUUCAAAAGGAUCAUCAUGUUUGCAAAGAUUGCAGCAUUUGCGGCUUCCCUUGCGGUAGCGCUAGGUUCCCCCGUGUACGGCCCAGUCUCCUACGGUCCCGCGGUUUCGUACGGAUAUGCUGCCAAGGCCAUCCAGCCGUUGCACACAGUGGCCGUGGCCAAGCCAGUAGUGGCUGCCCCAAUCUACCACGCCGCGCCAGUCAUUGCCCAUGCUGCCCCGGCGGUCGUGAAGCACGUUGAGGCCUACGACCCGAACCCGCACUACAGCUUCAGUUACGGCGUUGCCGAUCCCCACACCGGAGAUUCCAAGCAUGCCGAGGAGACGCUGGCCAACGGAGUGGUGCACGGAAGCUACUCGCUGACGGAACCCGACGGCACGAUCCGCAAGGUCACCUACACCGCUGACAAGCUGCACGGAUUCAACGCCGUGGUGGAGAAAUCUGGCCACGCCGUGCACGCCGCGCCGGUCAUCAAAAAGGUUGCCGUCGCAGCAGCGCCAAUUGUGCAUGCGGCACCGGCGUACGGUUACUAUCACCACUAAUCGACUCGGACCGGACGUCUAACACCAGCGCCAGCUCAGCUUGUAUAUGAUACAGUUUUGUUUAAGUUUAAGCUUUUUUUUUGUUUUCGUUUUAAGGAUAGCGCGUAGACCAUAUGAAAUGAAGCAAGUUGACUUCGUAAGAGCGGAGAUCGUUAAAAAUCUAACAAAAAUCAAUAAAAAACAAGCAUAAAAGCUACUGCCGGGUGUAACAAAACACUCACUGCAGUUGCAUUUUUGUCGUACCUCAAAGUAAACGCCUGUAUCUGUCCUCUUUCUUCUCAAUAAAACAGAUUUCACAGACCACCGAGUCACUAUGCUUUGGUGAACCGUUUUUAUCGACUCAGGCAGGACACUUUCCAGCUUCUGUUUGCACUUCUGCCACGCGCUUCUACAUGUGAACCACGUUCACAGUAGCAUUGCAUCAAAAAAUCGUACGCAAACGGAAUGUUCAGCACGUUAAUCAAAUUCCACGGGUUUCAACUGUGACGUUGCCAAGAGCGAGCGAUUCUUGUGGUUUCUUAUUAAAAGGGAAAACUAAUUACCCAUUCUCAUCGGCCAGUGGACGUCCGUUUAGGGAAGCCCUACAUGGUUGGGUCUUCCUAGGCAAAUGAACCGAUUUCCAGCCUGCGCGACAACUUUUAUAUCGAAUUCAAACUGUUGAAGCAAAUAUCGGCAUGUUGACCAGCUCACGAUAUCCCCGCUUUGAUUUUACGCAAUUGAGCACUGCUGCUGGUUUGGCAGAGUACAGUGCGUCGCUUUGAUGGUUGUCAAGUAGCUUCCACGACGGACGGACGCUGGCCUCAUACGAAAAACCUACAACGUGCACCGUUCCGAAAUGGCCAGCAAGCGCGGCUGCUCGGAGUGAGCACAUGGUAUGACGAAUCUGGGUCAGUUUGCGAUCGAUGUGAUUUUUCUAGACAGGAUUUAAAUUUAGUCUUUUUAUUUACUCUGUUCAUCAUUAUUUGGCACUCGAUUUUCAAAAAUUCAACUUACGUCUUUUUCGACUGAUCCGGUUAUGAUUCAUAGGAAAAAGACACAUGUUUCAACGUGUAAAAAUUUUAUGAGUUUGAAAAAUAGUAUUGUUGUUUAUGAUAGUUAUACACAUCGUUUAGCCAGUUAG